AAAGCCCUAACUAUCACCGAUUCUUAUAAUGGUGUCUGCUUCGUCUUUUUCAUCCGGUAGUACUCAACGAGAUGGUAAUUCUGUUCCUGAAGAACCCUUAAAAGAAAAGGAAGCGAUAUGACGAUGAUGCCAACUUACAAUCUGAAGCUACUUGUGAUCAGAAGGAUCAACAAAUUGAUCCGGAAGAAGAAGAACAAGCUCCAUACAUAAUUCUAGUUCAAGGACCUCCCAAUGUUGGGAAGUCCCUGUUGAUUAAAUCGUUAAUCAAGUUUUAUACAAAGCGAAGUCUCAAUGACAUUCAAGGACCCAUUACCGUUAUAGCAGGUAAGAAAAGGAGGCUACAGUUUGUGCCAUCAUUGAUGCUUCAAAGUAUGCCCGAAUGAUGUGUGUGCCAUCAUUGAUGCUUCAAAGUAUGCCGAUCUAGUGCUAUUACUUAUCGAUGCAAGUUAUGGCUUUGAAAUGGAAACAUUUGAGUUCCAUACCCUUUUACAAGUUCACGGCACUCCAAAGGUUAUGGGAGUUCUUACACAUCUGGAUAAGUUCGAAGAUAAAAAUAAAAUGAGUGAAACCAAGCAGCGUCUCAGGCUUCAAUUCUGGACUGAAAUAUAUGAUGGAGCAGAACUAUUCUACUUAUCUGGUCUUGACCGUGGGAUGUACAGGAAAUCUCAAAUUCACAAACUAGCAAGAUUUAUAUCAGAUAUGAAAUUGCAUCCCUUGUCAUGGCGAGCUGCGCAUCCUUAUCUGCUGGUAGAUCAUUUUGAAGAUAUUACUCCUCCAGAAAGAUUGCACAUGGACAGAAAAUGCUAUAGAAAGAUAUCUUUGGCUGGUUAUCUUCGAGGCUGUAAUAUUAAGAAAGGAAAUAAGGUACAUAUUGCUGGUGUUGGUGAUUUCCCUAUAGCUGGCAUUACAAAGUUAGCUGAUCCUUGCCCUUUACCAUCUACUGCCAAAAUGAAGGGAUUGAGCGUUAAGAAACUCUUCUGUUAUGCUCUAAUGCCUGCUCUUACGGAUCUUUUGUGGGACAAAUGUCUAGACCAAAUAGACACUCCUGAUGAAUCUGUUCAGUUUUCUAAUGUCGACGAAAUUGGGAAAGGGACUUAUGUAAUGUUGGAAGUUUGUGAUGUUCCCUUUGAGAUGGUUGAAACAUUUGAUCCCUGUCACCCUAUUCUCGUUGGAGGUAUCAGUCUUGAAGAGGAAAAUGUUGGUUAUAUGCAGGCAAGGAUUAAGCAGCAUAGUUGGUACACAAAAUCAUUGAAGACAAGAGAUUCAAUCACUAUUUCAAUUGGUUGGAGGCGUUACCAGACAACACCGGUGUUUGCCACAGAAGAAACCAGACGAAGUGGUUCACAUGAAAUGCUCCGCUGCACUCCUGAGAACACUUACUGUUUUGCGAUGUUUUGGGGCCCUCUUGCAUUCCGCAAUACUGGAUUUGUCGUUGUUCAGAAUGUCGCAGACGAUAAGGCAGCUUUUCAGAUCGCAGCAACUGGUGUGAUACUGGGUCUCAACCAAGCUGAAAAGAUUGUGAUGGAAUGUAAGAGGAAAGGAACUCUUUACAAGAUUAUUAAUGGGAAUACUGCUCUUAUCAUGGACAUGUUCAAAUCAGAUCUUGACGUUACCAGACAUAAAAAUGUAGUAAUUAAUACCUCGAGUGGAGUUCGUGGAAGCGUUGUUGAGGCUGCACGAAAAAAGCUUGUUUAUAAACUAAUGAGGAAGGGAGAUCAACCUAGAGAAGAAGGGAUUGCUAGAUGCGCAUUUUAUCGCAAAAUCAUUUCAAGUGAUGAAUUUUUCAGAGUUGUAUGGAAACCAGUUCAGGUUCCUCGCUGUUUCAAUCCAUUCACAGCAUCCCAGUUCAGGGAUUCACUUGACAAGGAUGAUCCUACUCGAAGGCGGCAGGCCCUUGGACAACGACGUGAUGUGGUCUGUUCAGAGGGGGAGUCUAGAACUAGUGAGCAGUUGCGUAAAGAGUACAAGAUUAAAAAGAAGCAGCAGGUAAUGAAGAAGAAAAAAUCACAAAUGUUGGUGUUGCCCCAGGGGAAAAAGCGCUUUAAAAAAAGGGUGAAGUUUUACUAAGGAGAGUAACGGAAAGAUUAAGGCUAGAAAAAAUCACAAAUGUAUUGCAUAUACUUAACUUUAGCUCGAAGUUUGUAUCUGAAGGAUAAAGUUACAGUUCGCAUCAGCUUCAAAGAAAACCUAGUUGUAGUGGGAAAGCUGUAAUAAUUCCUCACAUUUUGGAGUCGUGUAUAUGGAACCAUCAAUAUAGUUGUCUGCUCUUGUAUAUUUAGAUUCUCAGUUGUCUAUCUUGCAAUGUGGUUGGUUGGUAGUGGUAAAGUUGAGACCUAGUGUUAACCAUCUUUUGUCCUGGUUGUGUAUAUGGUCCUCGAGCUUUAUUUAUGUGGUGCUUA